AUGAUUGUGCUGAAGACCCUGCUAAAACAGAUUAUGAACCACGCUCAAGUUUCUGUCAUGAUCAGCGACCAAGAUAAAGACUGUCUUAACUACAAGAUCGAUUUGAAGAAGGUGCAGGUGCGGAGCUAUCCAAGGUCCAACGGCAAGGUGAUCUUUUCCUUUGGGGACAACUCCUACUUCUGGAACAUGGUGAUCAUUAAGGAGUAUUACCUUGACAUCACUGGAAAUAGGCAGAUCAUUGGUCAAGACAUGUGGGACGAUCCUGUGACGUAUUACCUGAGGAAGGAAGGUUCUGCCCCACCAGUGGUCACACCAGGUGAAGAUGACACCCUCUUCAGAGUGGAGGCAGGAGAGGAUGGGGAGGCCCAGGUGGACGGAGUCGUGGCAGGGAUCAGACAGGGUUUCUAUCUGCUUGCAGAGGACAUCAUUGACGAUGUGGAGGUUGUGCCAGAUGAGGAGCAGCAACAGGGUUCCUCCUUGGAGUUGCAGAAGACGGUGGAGGAGCAGUGCCAGGAAAGGCCUGGAGGCCCGAGUGAGCUUCCGGCCCUAGAUGUGCUGCAGGCACUGGCGACCCUGCAAGGGGAUCUGAGCUCUGAGCCUGAGAAAACCUGCAGGGCCUACGUUUGGUUCACGUGCAAGAGCCAUGAGAGGAGGAAGCGUGACUUGGCUCAGAAGAGUGCCAUCAUCCAGGGCAUCCCUGGCUUCUGGGCCAACGUGAUUAUGAACCACCCUCAAGCUUCUGUCAUGAUCAGCGACCAAGAUAAAGACUUUCUCAGCUACAUGAGGACAGCAGGUACAGGUGUGAGUCAUCCACGGUCAUGCAGCAAGCUGAACUUUCCCUUUCGGGACCACCCCUAUUUGUUGAAAAGAGUGAUCUUUAAGGAGUAUUACCUUGACAUCACUGGGAAUGGGGGACAUCAUUUCACUCCAGCCCAUUGGUUCUGGGACAUUGAACAGGGAGUCAACUGCAGGCUGGACACCAGGAGCCUUAACUUUCUCAACUGGUUGUCAGGCCGCAACUGCCCAGAAUCAAACAGGAUUGCUGAGAUUAUCAGCAAAGAUGAGUGGGAUGAUCCCCUGAAGGCUUACCCCAGGAGAGAAGAUUCUUCCAUGACAGAAACACAUGUGGUGAAGGGGUCUGGAGGAGCUGAGAAGACGGUGGAGGAGCAGGGCCAGGAAAGGCCCGGGAGCGCUAUUGAGCUUCCAGGGCAAGACGCGCUGCAGGCACUGGCUGCCCUGCUGGUGGAACUGAGCUCUGAGCAUAAGAAAAACUGCAGGGCCUACUUCCAGUUCAUGUGCAAGAACCAUCAGAGGAGGAAGCCUGACUUGGCUUGGAGGAGCGCCAUCACCUGGGGCAUCCCUUGCUUCUGGGCCAUUGCU